AACCAUCCCCAUUGAAACUAUCCCUAUGGACACCAUCCCCACAGAAAUCAACAACUUGGAUAAUGAUGAGGAGGAGGUUAAAGAGGAAGCUAAACUGGACUCUAUCACAGUGCAAAAUGCACAUGAAAACAAGGCUAAAUCAUUGCUAAAACAAAGGCUAUGUGAGGACAGUGAAGAGAGGGAGCCCCCCCCCCCCCAGCCAAACGUAGCUGCCCCCUACAGGACAGCAGGAAGAAGGUGACCUUUAACCCCAAAGUCCAGGAGACUGUACUGGAGCCAGGGAGCCCAAGCAAAGCCCCCAAGCCUGUGUCUCUGAAGGAGGUGGCUGACAUCGUGGUGCGCUGUCUAGACCCUUUCUAUACCAGGGCAAGUUUGCCACCAAGUUGAGGGAGAGAGGGAAGGGGCAUAAGCUGUGAUUAUGAUAUUUAGUUCUUCAUUUGUCACUUUUUCAAAUUGUAGUAUUCCAAAUGUGAAAUCUUCCUUGUUGUAGGAGCUAUUCAAGUAAUUUGCCUGCUACUUGUCUCAUCUACUAGCAGAGGGGAGGAGUAGGGGAAGAGGUCAAGGUGAGGAAGACAAACAUUGUGUGUGCGCACUAGCGCAAGCAGCCUUUUCUAAUAAUGAACUAUAUUUGUGUCCACAGUGAAAAUGCAGGCCAGGAAUCUGAUAUAGAAGUUCUUCAGCGGUGUGAAGCGCUGUGAGAGUGAAGCAGACUGGAAGCACCUGAAGGGACCACACAGCACUGAGACCGCUGAACACAGAGGGAUGGGAGGAGGCGGGACUAUGAACAGAAAGGUGGAGGAAGAUAACAACCUGGGGGUCUGAUCCCUUCAUCCACUCUCUCUCUCUCCAACUGAUUCCCUCCCUCACAUCUCUCCCAGGCCAAGAUACUGAGCUGUUUCAGAGAUGAUAUGCUGCUAUGCUGUGUCAACUCCAGGCUCGUGCUGUCGUGGCUUGGAGAGCCGCUGUAGUGGCUGCUAUUAAACAUGUACUGUAUACAGCACGUCUGCUGGUGCUGCUAUGGAAUAAGUAGUCAUCCAUGCUCAACGCCGAACAGAGGUGGCUCUUUGUUUGAUGUUAGCACCAUGUGACUAGGACAUGGAUGCUAUGGCUAUACCAGGCCAAACCCUGCUGCUACCUGGUCUGUCAUUCUGCCUGACUAAAGAGGACAGCCAGCUGGAUGUGUAACAACCACACUCUAUCCUUGAUUGAUUUAGGAGAUGUAAUUUCAUCUAUUUUUUGUUGUUAGUUUGUUAUUAGUUGUUUUCAUGAGAUUCUCAAUGAGAACUUUUGUUUAUCCUGAGGAAUCCUCCAAAAUAUGAAUUAGUUUUUUCUCUUGCCCAUAUGGUACAAAGUUAUCUUGUCUAAAAAGAUCAGAGCUGGCCACGUCUGCCUGUGCUGGUUGGUGACUGGGUGGGUGCCUUUUCAAACAGUCAGUCAUUUCAAACAUGAUGGAAUCCAAAGAGCACUUGAUGCACCAAUGGGGAAAAACUCCCAGCCAUCACAGAAAUGUAUCCAAAAAAAACAGCCUUCACACACUAUUGCUCCAUGUGAGACCUGUUUACAAUAAAAUCUCUAACACUGAAUGUCUAGUGGCUGGUACUAAAUGGCUCAUGGGCUGUAUACAAUUAGAUUAAGUGGAAAGACUGUUUUAUGGAGCAGCAUCUUCCCCUGUAUAGGGAAUGGGGUUGGGGAUCGUUGCAGAAUGGAUCUGGGGAGAUAUCGAUGCAAAGCACGAGUGAGUGGGGACUUGUAACAACAGCUGGAGGCCUACGUAAAUCACAAUGGCGGGGGGAAUUAUGAGUGGCAUUUGCCAGUGUCACACAUUUGCCUGUGUCACACGUCUCAAUAUUGUACAAUUAUUUCCUACGUUAUUCUCUAUUUUUAUUGUAGGCCGAACGUGCUGUCGUUGCGUAUAGGGACUUGGUUACAGUGUUCAUUUUGUGCGUGCAUUUGUCGGCCUUGAGAUAUUAAUUUAGUGUCAGGUGCGGUAAAUUGAUGCAUCUGUCACAUUCGAAUGGUUCAUUGCAGAAUGUUGGGGGCAGGUGCGCCCGCGGCUUUCUUAGUGAAAUGGGUUACGGUUUGGGAGGCUGCGCUGUUCGAGAUUUCUUGAUCAUACGAGCCAUGCUUCCGGGCGAGCGGUCAGAGACGUUACAGAGCGCACGGUGAACAGCCACAACGAUAGACCGAGCAUCGAUGCUUCGUGCAGUCAGGAUGGAGGAGUUUGUUACGGAGGAAGAUGAGCCAUGGUACGACCAACGGGAUUUGGAGCAGGAUCUGCACCUGGCAGCUGAGCUGGGGAAGACCCUGUUGGAGCGCAACAAGGAGCUGGAGGACUCCUUACAACAGAUGUACAUCAACAAUGAGGAACAGGUGCAGGAGAUCGAGUACCUGUCCAAGCAGCUGGAGAUGCUGAGGGAGAUGAACGAGCAGCAUGCCAAGGUCUACGAGCAGCUAGACGUGACGGCCAGAGAGCUGGAGAUCACCAAUGAGAAACUGGUUAUAGAGAGCAAGGCCUCGCAGCAGAAGAUAGACAGGUUGACGGGUACCAUGGAGACACUGCAGGCUCAGGUGGAUACCAUGACAGCUCGUGUGGAGGAACUACGUACACUAGAGGAGCUGAGGAACCACAGAGAGGAGCGGGAGCGACGCAAGACUGUCCACUCCUUCCCCUGCCUUAAAGAACUCUGCACUGCACCAAAGUAUGAGGAUGGCUUCCUGGUGGCCAACCCCGGCAGUGUGGACCUGGUGUCUGAGCGUGAGCGCCGGCCGCUGGACGAGGAGAACGAGCGUCUAAAAGGUGUGGUCUCCUCCCUGAGGUCCGCCAUGGUGGCAGAACGGGGCCGGAGGGAGGGGGCAGAGAGGGAGUGCACAGCUGUGCUGCAGGAGUUUGAGCUUAUGGAACAACGCCUCCUGGGGGCUGAGGGCUGCCAGCUGCGAGUGCAGGAGCUGGAGGCAGAGCUACAGGAGAUGCAGCAGCUGAGGAGGUCCCGGGUCUGUCUGUUGGAUGAGGGUCUGGAGCAGACCCUGCUCAACAAUGCCCCUGAGACCGACACACCCGAGGAGGGACCGGGGCAGAAGGAGGGAGGGGAGGGGACGGGGGAGUCCGGGGGGACAGGAGGAGGGGGGCAGCAGGGAGGCCCCGUGAGGAAGAGCUGCAGCGACACGGCGCUCAACGCCAUCUCGGCCUGCGACGCCUCUGGCAGGCGACAGGGCAGCUACGCAAUCCACGCCAACGGUGUGCGCAAGCGGGGCAUGUCCAUCCUGAGGGAAGUGGACGAGCAGUACCACGCCCUGCUGGAGAAAUACGAGGAGCUGCUGGGGAAGUGCCGGCGCCACGAGGAGGGCAUGUGCCACGCGGGGGUGCAGACGUCACGCCCUGUCUCCAGAGACCCCUCCAUGAAGGACUACAGCAUGGCCACCCCCGGCCCCUCAGCCAUGGCUGCUGCACCCCCCACCCCGCCCCAGACCCCCUCCACCCCAGAGGCCCUGGAGGGCAUCAGCCGGCAGGUAGACCAGGUGGACAAGAGGCUGGGCCAGAACACCCCAGAGUACAAGGCCCUGUUCAAAGAGAUCUUCUCCCGCCUGCAGAAGACCAAGAGUGAAGUAAACUCCACCAAGGGAGUCCCCAAGGGUAGGAAGUCCCCACGGGUUGGAAGUCCUAAGGGAAGAAAGUCCAAAGACAAAUGAGCUGCUUUCGUGAUACUAGUGAACAUGACCUCUCCUGAUACUACUGAACAUGCACUGAAAACAAUGGGUACAAAAGCCACAGAUUUUCUUUCAGAAUUAGUUUCUCUUUGUUUGACUGUGUUUGUUCAAAGUGGUCACUUGAUGACAGGUUACCUGUACUUCUGCACUGGGGAAAUGAUACAAUCUACUGUGGAUGAUCCCCUCAGCUGUUUUAUCCAUCUCUCUGGAUACAGCCACGGUUUAUCCAUCUCUCUGGACACUGCCACGUUUUAUCCAUCUCUGGAUACUGCCACGUUUUAUCCAUCUCUCUGGACACUGCCACGUUUUAUCCAUCUCUCUGGACACUGCCACGUUUUAUCCAUCUCUCUGGACACUGCCACGUUUUAUCCAUCUCUCUGGACACUGACACGUUUUAUCCAUCUCUCUGGACACUGACACGUUUUAUCCAUCUCUCUGGACACUGACACGUUUUAUCCAUCUCUCUGGACACUGACACGUUUUAUCCAUCUCUCUGGACACUGACACGUUUUAUCCAUCUCUCUGGACACUGACACGUUUUAUCCAUCUCUCUGGACACUGACACGUUUUAUCCAUCUCUCUGGAUACUGACACGUUUUAUCCAUCUCUCUGGACACUGACACGUUUCACCCAUCCCAAUAUGAAUGAAUUGUACAGCUGAUGACAUUCAUCAUCUGGGUAGAUGAAAUGCCUUGAUUAUUGACCUAAUUUAAGAUAAUUUGACAACCUAGUCGUGCACUAAAAUCGGUUUGCCCUGUCUUUGUUCAAGACAAUCCAGUACAAUGUUUAAAUGACUGAGCGUGUAUACUGAGACUGCACUCAUUUUAUUUCAAAUGUAUAAAUAAUUGCUAUUUAAUGUUUUUGAUGACUGACAAUGAAUAAUAUGUGCAGAGCUAUUCAUAAAUUUUUUCAAAAACAAUCUAGUUAAAUAUUCCUGAUGUCAGUAACACUGUUGCCUUAACAUCUUAGGCUUUACGUAUGCAUCUAUCCAACAUAUACAUUGGUUUUGAAAUCAGUAGGUGAAGCCAGUAGACUUCAAUUGAGGGAGCCCAUGGUACUUGUUCUAAAAUAAAUACUGUAUGUAAACUGUGAAUUUACCUUUGUAAAUUAGGUUGUCCAAGCUAGAGAACUGAGGACCUCCUGAUGAUGCACUGCAUAGAAAUGGAACUCUCACCCACACUUGACUAAGCUACUGUAACUGUGCUCUCUAAGCACUGAUUCAGACCAUGGGUACAUCUCCAUGACUCCUUGUUUCCUGGACUGCUUAUUUCAAGUGCACAAGGGGCUCUAGCUGCCCUCUUAUCAGUACUUUGGCUUUUUAAUAUUUUCCUUGUUCUCUUCUGCUCUUCAUUGUGUACAAGCGUCAUGUGAGAUGGUUUUCUAUGCAUUUGUAGACGACCAUCUAAAUGUCUAACGUGGUUCUGUUCAUAGAGAACGGUUGCUGGUGUGUUAGAUGGAGCCUGAUAGAAGGGUAAAGAUGGUUUACGUUGUACUUUACAGCUGGAUCAAUAACAGAACAGUGUAAAAAGUAACAUGACUUUAUUGAUUAAAAAGACACCGGGA